UUUUACUUGUUGCACUUUCAUAUUUCUUUUGAGAGCAUUCCUCGUUAAUUAUGUAUGAAAGAUCCUUUCAUCAUUUAUUUUUCUGAAAAAAGGAUUAUAAAUAAACACAAGUCUAAUUUAGUCUCGUAUAUUUUUUCAAGCGUGCAUUGUUUUCAUGCAUUUUUUUUCGUUACAUGCAUGUUGUUUGUGUAUACAACGCCUCAACUUCCUUAUUUUAAAAAUCAUUCAUACUGUAAUGAAAUUUGAUUUAAUUUUUCCUACUUCUACUUGAUAGUUUUAGUGUGUUGAUUUCUUGCUAACAGCUUUAUGUUAAGUUCGCCAUUUAUAGAAAUCAAGUCCUUAAUUUGAUUUAACAAUUUUUUUAUACUAUGACAUGAGAUGUUUAUUUCUCUUCACAUCAGUUACUGAUAUUUUUUGCAAUGUAAUAUCCUGAUGCAUCAUAUUUUAAGUUGAUGAUACACCUGUACCCUAUAAUGUAAAUAGUUGUUCGUACAAAUAUAUUUUUGACUUCGGAUAAACAUUUACAACAUUUUUGACUCAGGUGGGAUUUAAUUCACUUUGUUUGUAUUUAAAUCGGCGAACUGCGUCAGAAAGAAACGGGUCAGAAAAAGUUAUUAUCUGAAAAUCUCCAUUAUAUUAUACCGGUAGUCACUUUAAGGAAAGACUCUGAAAAGUUAAUAUAAAUGUUUUACGAGAACAAUGACUGGAAGAUUGCGAGGUUUUCGUGCGUUUUUACAUGCAGUUAUACUUCUCCUGUCAAUGCAUGAAGUACAUGUAUCUUUAAUGAAAUUUACAAGAUCAAUUUGCCUGGAAGAAGUAAAAGGUUUUAUAGAGAAUGGAAAUUCGUGUAACUUUCAGCUUAGAUACGUUUUACGAUGGCUAGAAGAAAAGGCAGGUCCAUCAACGUGUGAAUCGCAGAUCUAUUGUAGUGCUUACUUUUGGUAUAAGUCGGAUGAAAUUGAUGAUUAUUAUUGGUUAAAAACUGCACGAAUCCUAAUUUUUAACGCAUUAAAUGGAGAUACCAUAACCAGGACAGGAGAUAUUGACUGUAGUUCAUCUAAUAAAAUAAAGAGGAUUCUUCAUAUUGAUGUGAACGGUGCUUGCACAGAAAACAGUUGGUGUGGUGAGAAUGAAGAGUGUUUAAUGGACAGUUAUGGAGCUUUCGGCAGGAUUGGUACUUGCAUCUGCGUAAAUGACACCGUUCGAAUAAGUGGGAUAUGUAGGAAAGUUGAUGUCAGUAUGGGUGAACCGUGUACAUCUGAUAUUCAGUGCAGCAAAGCAGGACAUAACAGAGUAUGUGACAGAGACACUUCUACGUGUUUAUGUGUCAGAGGAUUUACAGAGGUUAAUGGACACUGCAUUCGAACUGAUUUAGAAGUCAAUCAAACCUGUUGGUAUGAUGAACAGUGUAAUGGAACUGCAAACUCAAGUGUUUGUAGAAAGAACAUGUGUGUCUGUAUGGACGAACAUUAUUUUGCGAAUGGAUCAUGCCAACCAUAUAAAAAUGAAUUGCCAGCUGGUGAUAAGGAAACAUCAAAGAAUCCACUUCCAUUGCAAGGCUUAGAGAGAGAUUGUCAACUUGAAAGCUUCUAA